GAACAAACGACUUACAAAAUGUUUGAUUAGUAAUCUCGUUUCCCUUUCAAACACAACUCAUUUUGGAAGUACUAUGGGAAAAUUACUUACAAAACCGGAUGUAAAUAAAACUAAGAAACCACUUAAUACGAACAAAACUGAUAUGGGUGGAGAAAAUUUCCAUUAUGUUGAAGGCAGAAGGUUUCAUAAUGUGCAAACGUCCAAAUAUAUGCUUCCAAAUGAUGACGAAGAAUGUGAUAGGUUGCAUAUGCAACACUUUUUGAUGAGAUAUGCUUGGCAGGGUAACUUUGCUUCUCCCGUUGAAUACAUCUUGAAAAGAGUUGGCUCUAAAGUUCUUGAUGUUGGGUGUGGUGCUGGUUCCUGGUCAUUUGAAAUGGCAACCGAUUAUCCAAAUGCUGAAAUCACCGGCGUAGAUAUCUCACCCAUUCAACCUACAGGAAUUAAGCCAAAAAAUUUUACUUUUAUUAAAAGUGACAUUCUUGAAGGGUUACCGUUUGCUGAUGAAUCUUUUGAUUUUAUAUUCCAACGUUUCUUGGUUGGCUCAAUCCCAAAGGACAAAUGGAAGCCCGUUAUCGAGGAGCUAACCAGAAUGUUAAAACCUGGUGGUUAUUUGGAGUUGAUGGAAUGUAACGUAUUAUCUGAAAGAUUAGGUCCAACUUCAUUUAAAUUCGCAUCUGCUUUGAAGAAUAUAUUCGAGCAACGAGGACUUGAAACAAAAAUGGUUUCAAAAUUAAAAUCUUAUAUUGAGCAACAAGGACAAUUUGAAGAGAUCAAAGAUGAAAUCAAACAUUUAAGCGGAGGCUCUGAAGCCGGUAAACUUGGUCAAGCAUUUAAUGACGAUGUCAUAAGUGUUUUCAAAAAUGUAGAUGUCUUGUUGGUGCCAGUUUUACAAGUCACUCCCGAAGAAUAUGAAAAAAACUUAAAGGACAUAAAACAAGAAUGGUUAGAACGAAAUAGCUAUUCCCGUUUCAUUCGUGUUUAUGCUAGGAAAAUAUAA